UUCUUUAAUAUUAUUUUAAUCCUCUUCUUUUCUCCCAUAAUUUUGUAUAAAAAUUAUUAUAUUUUUAUAGCAUGAACUGUACUGGGCAACCAAAAGUGUCUCAGACUUGUGCCAUUCUUUACUGAUGGAGAAUCUCUAACCAAUCACCAAAUCGGGAAAAUAAAAUUAUUUUUCUAUAAUAAUAUUAAUAAUAAUGCUGCAUAUCCAACCUCCAAUCCCCAAUCUCCGCACAUGCCACUUUCCUUCCUCGUCCUUUUCUUCUCUCCGCUUUUCGCUUCCCACUUCUUCUUUCUCUUUUCCUUCUCGUGCUCGGUUCACACGUGUUGUGACCGCCGCAGUUACUAGCCCUGAGAUGGAGGCGUUAGACGCUAAAGUGCUCAAGCAAGGAAUAGCUGAACUGUAUGACGAGUCGUCUGGUGUGUGGGAAGAUAUAUGGGGUGACCACAUGCACCAUGGUUUUUAUGAUCCUGAUGUUCAAGUUUCUGCUUCUCUUUCUAAUCAUAGAGCUGCCCAGAUCCGUAUGAUCGAGGAGGCUCUCCGUUUCGCCGGCGUUUCAGAGGAUCCUACCAAAUGCCCUAAGAAUGUGGUUGAUGUUGGCUGUGGGAUUGGAGGCAGCUCCAGGUACAUAGCAAAGAAAUUUGGGGCCAAGUGCCAGGGCAUUACCCUCAGUCCUGUCCAAGCUCAGAGGGCCAAUGCUCUAGCAGCUGCUGAAGGACUAGCUGACAAGGUUUCCUUCCAAGUUGGAGAUGCUUUAGAACAACCAUUUCCAGAUGGGCAAUUUGAUCUUGUCUGGUCAAUGGAAAGUGGAGAACAUAUGCCUGACAAGAAAAAGUUUGUAAGUGAGUUGGCUAGAGUUGCAGCCUCAGGGGCCACAAUUAUUAUAGUAACAUGGUGCCACAGGAAUCUCAGCCCUUCUGAAGAAUCUCUGCAGACAUGGGAGAAAGAGCAUCUGAAGAAGAUUUGUGAUGCUUAUUAUCUCCCAGAAUGGUGUUCUGCUUCUGAUUAUGUCAAAUUACUUGAGGGUCUCUCCCUGGAGGAUAUUAAAACUGCAGAUUGGUCUCAAUACGUUGCUCCUUUUUGGCCAGCAGUGAUUCGCUCGGCAGUGACAUGGAAGGGACUGACAUCACUGCUGCGCAGCGGUCUAAAAACAAUCAGGGGAGCAUUAGUUAUGCCAUUGAUGAUCCAGGGAUACAAGAAGGGUGUUAUCAAGUUUGCUGUCAUUACAUGUCGAAAGCCGUUUAAACAAGAAACACCCUGAAAAAGUUGCGGAGCCACACAGGCACCGAUCCCAAAAGGAUUUGAAUUAAAUAAGAUAAGAUUUAGACUCAUCUUUUAUAUUUGAGGUCUAAAUUUGCUACCAUUAUGAGUGAUAUACCAUUAAAUUGAUGAUUUAGGAUAAAAAGAAAAAUAGCAGUACAUCUUGUGUCUUAAAUUAAUCCAUACACAAGAUUCAAUCUGAAAAAACAAAAUAUUUAUAAAAAGAGGGCGUCAUCAUUAUUGGAAAGCUUAGAUUAUAUAUGCAGGCUUCUAUAUGUUUCAAUUUCUGUUUGACACUGUGUAAUCAAAUGGCUUGCUGCUUGUAUUUGUAAUUUUCUCUUCUCAUAAUUAAAUUCUGUUCAACUUGCAUGAUUAAGUUGAAAAACAAAAUGUUUGAUUA